AUGUCGAAAGAUAGAAUAAAAGAGUUAUCAAAAAAUACUCCAUGGCCACAUGUUACAUAUCGAAGAGUUUCACGACAAUUCCAAAAAGAUGAAUUCCAAAAUAUUACUAAUGAUGGCAAUGCUCAAUGUAUUACUAUAGCGGUAGACAAUGAAAAUAAUGUUACUGAAUUUUUAGCACAAAUCGAUUUAACUCGUUUACUUGUUGAUAAAAUCGAAGAACUUGCUGAUGAAACUAAAAAAAUUCAUGAAAAAAUGCUCGAACCAAUGGCUGAUCCUAAACUUUCACAAAAACUUGAUGAUAUAACUGAUGAUAUAAGAAAAUUAGCAUAUGAUGUUUCAACUAAACUUAAAAAAAUGGAACAAAUGCAGGAAGAUCAAAAUGCUACUGAGAAAGAAAGUGCUGUAUGGCGUAUAAAACAUUUACAAAUAUCGAAUAUAACGAGACAUUUCAGUACAGUUAUGAACCAAUAUAAUCAAGAAUCUGUUUUACAUCGGCAAAGGUGUAAAAAUGCUAUUAAACGUGAACUCGAAAUAGCUGGUAUUCGUAAAACUGAUGAUGACAUAGAGGAAAUGCUUGAAAAUGGUUUUCCAGGAACGUACAGUUUUUCUAUUAUGGCUGAUGUAAAAAAUGCAAAAGAAACACUUAAUGAAAUCGAAGCACGUCAUCGUGAAAUAACUAAACUUGAAAAGUCUCUUAUAGAAUUACACUCAAUGUUUAUUGAUUUAGCUCGACUUGUAGCAAAUCAAGGUGCAAUGAUUGAUAAUAUUGAACACAAUGUAUCGAAAGCAGUCAAAGAUGUUGGUGAUGCUACAAAGCAAGUAGAUCAAGCUGAAAAAUCACAUCAAGCAGCCACAAAAACUCCAUGGCCACAUGUUACAUAUCGAAGAGUUUCACGACAAUUCCAAAAAGAUGAUUUCCAAAAUACUACUAAUGAUGGCAAUGCUCAAUGUAUUACUAUUGAGAUUGACAAAGAAAAUAAUGUUGCUGAAUUUUUAGCACAAAUUGAUUUAACUCGCUUACUUGUUGAUAAAAUCGAAGAACUUGCUGAUGAAACUAAGAACAUUCAUCUUAAAAUGCUCGCAUCAACAGCUGAUCCUAAACUUUCACAACAACUUGAUGAUAUAACUGAUGAUAUAAGAAAAUUAGCAUAUGAUGUUUCAACUAAACUUAAAAAAAUGGAACAAAUGCAGGAAGAUCAAAAUGCUACUGAGAAAGCAAGUGCUGUAUGGCGUAUAAAGCGUUUGCAGAUAUCGAAUAUAACAAGACAUUUUAGUGAAGUUAUGAAUCAAUAUAAUCAGGAAUCUGUUUUACAUCGACAAACAUGCAAAAAUAUAAUCAAACGUGAACUUGAAAUGGCUCAUAUUCAUAAAACUGAUGAUGAAAUAGAAGAAAUAAUUGAAAAUGGUUUUCCAGGAACGCACAGUUUUUCGAUUAUGACUGAUACAAAAAAUACAGAAGGAGCACUUAAUGAAAUCGAAGCACGUCAUCGUGAAAUAACUAAACUUGAAAAGUCUCUUAUAGAAUUACACUCAAUGUUUAUGGAUUUAGCUCGACUUUUAGCAAAUAAAGAUGUAAUGACUGAUAAUAUUGAGCACAAUGUAUCGAAAGCAGUGGAAUAUCAUCAUAAUCCUACAGAGCAAGUAUAUCAAGCUAUAAUAUUCCAUAAAGCAGCUUCAAAAAAAAGAUUUAUUCUGUGGAUUAUUAUAAUUGCUAUUGUUGUUGUUCUGGUACUUAUAUUGUUGCUUAUUUUACAACUUAAAGGAAGAUUAUCGCAAAAUAAAAUAACAAAAUAA